GCUUUUCCUCAGGAAGCUGAGAGAGACAGGCGCCUCCCAUCACACUCCCAGUCUCACCGCCGCUAUAUCACACACUUUAUAUGCAAUUCUGACAAAGGCUGUGUUAAAGCGUUCAACUUUUUUAUAUUUCGCUCAUUAUGUCGGAUUUAUUUGACCUUUAAUCUAUUUAUGGACCUGGAGCUUCAGUGAGAUCCCGCCAAAUCAUGUGGAAAAUAUGAGUGCAGAAUUACGGGAGCAUUACAUGAAUCCCAAGUCCCAGAUCCAAGCCCGGUGUCUUCCCAGUGGGCAAUUUGUUCAGCCAUUGCCUGAAAAAUGCUGCCAGAAUCAAGGAAGUAAACCAUCUAUUUUCUCCAAAGCAAGAUCAAGCCCAAAGCUGGGUAAUGGUUUAAAUAAUUACUUGAAGAGACACACUAAACAAAACCUAAAUCUUGCUAAAGCAGAACAGCACCUACUGAAAAACCAUAGGAAGGAGGUACGGACACAAUGGGAGGAAUCACGACUGACAGAGGAUGUGGAACAAAAACCAUGGAAAGACAUAAAAUGUAAAGCGGGGUCUAUGCAAUGGGAGGAGUUUGCACAAGCAGAUCAGGAAGAACCGGACAGUAUACUAGAACACUUGGGCUGUGGGGAGGAGCUGGCACAGGGGAAUGGGUUAGAUUGGCAGGUGGGUUUAGAACAGAGGGUGGUAUUUAACUUCCAUGAAGAACAAGGUUCAGUGAAGCUUCUCUCCUACAGUAAAUUGAAGGAGGAAAUGCAAGGAGUGGAGGGACUGCUACAUAUGGAAGAGGAAAGGAAGGAAGUCGGUGUGAAUGGUAAAACAAGACCAAUUGUGACACCUAUUGAUUCCAUGAGCUCAUCUACAUACUCAUUUCGUAAGCAACUAUUGUACAAAGAUGGAAUGAAUCGAAACAAAACUAGGGCACCAGUAAUGUCUGACAAAACAUAUAACAAUGAUGUAUUCACCAAGCAAAAAUUUCUAAAUGGAUUUUACCCAAAUAAUAUGUACAUAAAUGGACUCAACACAGAUGCUUUGACCCCAGACCGAACUGACAUUGUCACCAUGUUCCCCGAGGUGUGUGAUGCAGGUGAGGCAUUGGCAGAUGCUGAUGGCUUUUCAGAGUGUGAUCUCUUAGAACAUAUUGAACCCUCUUGGAAGUCAGGGGUUAAAGAUGUGGGCGACUGUGGAGAGACAGUAAUGCUGUCUGUGGAAGAGGAGUCAGAGAACCUUUGUGAAUCACUAUCUACUUUUAGCGAGGAGGGCAGUGAAGCAGUAGAGGAACAGGAACAAAAGGAGGAGGUGAAAAAUCUUUUAUUGUCUAGAAAUUCUCAUUCAGACCCAACAGUUUAUCCAAUAUCUGAGAAAGAAGCUGAAAUACUCUCUGAGUUUUCUGAUCAUUGCUUCUCUUCAUUUUGCUCAUCUGAGUCUGAAGUGACUUCAGAUGAAGUGGAAAGCACAGAGACCAGACAAACGCUUGAAAUUGCUCAGGAUGGGUCAGAAACUGAACAGCAUGUAUCAUCUGAGUUCAAAGCAGGGGACUACAAUACACCUUGUAUACCAAGUGUCUCUUCCAUUGUCUCUCUACAACCUGAAGAGUCACAGCAGAUGCAAGAGUACUGUCGUGAUGGACAAGAGGUAGAAAGAGCAGACAUUCUAACGAAGAUGUUAGAAGAGCAUGUGUAUGAAGAAACUGAGCCAAAUAUCCAAACCACAGACUUUUUGCAGACCAGGAAGUAUUUAAUGACACGUUCUAUAUCUGUGGAAACCCCCAGACUGGAUCCAUUGAGUACCACAAUAUCAGGAAAAGGACGAUUAAUGCUACACCCGCAGUCGUACUACACACGACAUAAUUACCUUGGAGAUAGUUUGCCUGCUUUGACAGGUUCGUUAGGAUGCCUCUCUCCAGGACGUCCUUCCCGCCCUCCUCUUGACAUACCACCUCCUUUUGAGCUGUCUUCCAUCACAAGGCGACCAAUCCGAAAGAGUACACCUGCUCUGCAAAGUGAUGUGACUGCCUGCAACAGGAAACUUGACAUUGGCCUUAAACGUUACUUCUUACCAUUACGGUUUCUGAGGAAACCUGAAAGAAGGACAGAUAGUCGCUCAGUGUCAUCUAGGUCCUCUUCAGAGUCAAGUCCACAGGGCUCUUGCCGGAGGUUAAAUUUAGUAAGGCAAUGUACCGAAAGCCCUGAGCUUCACAGGGCACAUGACCGUUCAGUGCCAUCAUCCCCAUCUUCUCUUCGUUUACAGAAGACCAUGCAUAGGCAAGGUGUGAGCACUGUUUUGGAUAACAAUUUUGGGUCAGCUAGUCCAAGCUCAUGGGAUAUGUUAAGAGUGGAGUCCGAUGAUUUGAUCCACUCCCUUUUUGUACAGCCCUUCCCCCUUUCCAAACCUCGGUCUUUCUCUUCCCCCAACGUGGACUCGUCAAUUUAUGAGAAUGUUUUAAACACAAGUCCCCAUUAUGAAAAUGUGCAGGUUCGCCUCUUAUCACCCUCCAAUCAGAAUCAACGAAACCAGAGUUCGGCCACUGACACUGAUGGUUAUGUGGAUAUGAGCAGCCUACCAAGCUUUCAGAGCAAGAGCUCAGCAAACGAGCAAGAGACAGAGAGUGCUUACACAAUUUGCUCGCCUAUGGUGAGGUCAGAUGGAACGGUGAGCGUAUCUGUAGGUGUUGUGUGUACAAAAGAUGAGGAAAAAAAAGCAUCUGAAAGAGUGACUGUUAAUUGUUCUAGAACAUUUUACAUUGUGAAAGAGCUGCUGGACAGUGAGACACAGCAUGUAAAGACUUUAAAGCUUCUAAAUGAGACUGUAGGUGCAGAGAAGCCGCUGAUGAGACUUUGGAAUGAAUUACCUGCAAUUUCUUCACUCCACCAAGACCUUCACACUGAACUGGAAAGCCGCAUUAAAGAGUGGGAUCAGAAGGAAGGCAUCGCUGACGUCUUUUUGGCCAAGAAAUCAGAGUUUUCGGUUUUCCCUUCCUUUAUUAGCCAGCAUGACUCCAAAGUGAGGACUAUGGAGCAGAUGGAGAACACACAGCUGGACAUCAGUGCUCUCAAACAGCAGUUGCUGCAAGUGAUAGUGCGAGUCCUACAAUACAGCAUGAUCCUAACAGAUUACAAAAAUAAUCUCUCACAAGGCUCCAGAGAGUAUGAGGAUACACAAGCUGCUCUGGUCAUGGUCUCAGAUGUAGCUGAUCAGGCGAAGACGAGCCUCAAGAAUGGAGUGAGUUGCAUGCGCUGGGCAGAUCUUCUGCAUCUGGUCAAUAUCGAGCAUAGUGUUCAGGGAUUAAAGAACCUGCUUCAGCCUGGGAGGGUGUUUGUGAAAGAGGGAACCCUGAUGAAGGUCAGCAGGAAGUGCAAACAGCCACGUCACCUAUUCUUGAUGAGUGAUAUAAUGCUUUACACGUACCCCCAACAAGAUGGCAAAUACAGACUCAUUAACACUUUAUCACUGACAGGGAUGGAGGUUACUAGACAUUUGAUUGAAAAUACGCAGAAUGCCUUGAAGAUUGAAGUGAAAGACAUUAGUAUCACGUUGUUAGCAAGCUCUUCUAUUGAGAGGGAUGAUUGGUUUGUUGCACUGAAUCGGACAGUAGCUGAUCUUGGCUCAUUAUUGAUAGAACCUCCUGGCUGUUUUGAGGUUAGAGAGAAGUCAGGGGUGUGUCUCGGGGAGAACGCACCACCUCUGGUCUCCGUUUCCCAGGUAGCAGUGUGUAUGAACUGCCCCGUCCAUUUCAGCCUCACACACCGGAGGCAUCACUGCCAUGCCUGUGGCAAGGUUGUGUGCAGAGACUGCUGUAGAAACAAAGUCCCUCUGAAAUACAUGAAGAACAGACGAGCCAAAGUGUGUGAUAAGUGCUACAGUGAGCUUUGCAAGAAUGAAGGUGAUGUCGCCAUGCUAAUGGAAAGCUCCAGUCGGCCACUGUCUACGGUUUUCCAGAACAUUCACCCAUCCAGUUUGUGGAGGAGUCGCAAAGGCCACUUAUCCUUCAACCAGGUGACAGGAUCCGAGGGUGAAAUGAGUGGGACUCUGCAGAGGAGUCGAAAUAGUAAACGAAGCUGGAAGAGUCUGUGGUUUCUUCUCAAAGAUAAAGUGCUUUAUACAUAUCCACAGCCUGAGGAGAGGGUUGCAUGUGAGUCCCUUCCUCUUCUAGGUUUCUCAGUAAAGUCUGAGAAUGAAGGAGAGAGCAGUGUGUUUCAGCUGUACCACCACACUACACUCUAUUACACAUUCAAGGCUCAGGAUACACACACAGCCCAAAGGUGGGUGAGUGCCAUGGAAGAGGCCACAGUCCUAUAGUAGCUGCCAGAUCUAUACUAUGAAGGUCAACACAGAUGAGAUGUAAAGCUGAAUCCAUCCAAACGUGAACAACGUCUCUCCCUCCAAAGAUGAACUGAAAUCACGAGACAAGUUUUAUGAUGGGAUCAACUCUAAGUCAUAUUUAUUAGCAAAGAAUAAGGCGAGAAACACUGUCAUAAUUUCCUAAUGCACUAAUAACUUCUACA